AUGGAUACCUAUCAUGACUGCAUCAAGAGCCUCUGCAAGAAGGCGCCCGAGAAGCGUCUCACAGCUGCACAAGCCAUGCAGCACGCCUUCGUCCGCAAGUUCUUCUCGCCUGCGGUGCCGGCAGCGCCCGCGAAGAAGGAGCUUCAAGAAGAUGCUGGGAGGCCCUCCGUGGAGGCCCGCCACUUGGCGCGCGAAAACGAGAUCCUCGAAAACGAGAAGAUGGAGUUGGUCUUGGCCAAAUCACGGAAGGAGACAGAGCUCUUCAACCUCACCAACGAGCUUGAGGACCGUGUCGCCGACCUCAAGAAGGAGCAGAAUCUGUUACGGGAGGUGCAGGAGAAGCUGCGGGAGCUUCAAGACAUGGAACAGAAGCAGAGAGAGGAGCUCGGAGAAGCGGACCCAUCAAUCCGCCCGUUGUGA